UUUUUAGAAACCUCUCGCUCCUCAACUAAUCGUGAAACACGUAUAUCAUUCUGUACUCAUCCUUCGCUUUUAUUACGCUUACGAAAUGCAAAUAGGUGGAAAACAAUAUAAAAAACACAUACGCAUUUCAUUUUUUGUGUAUAAAUUGAAAGCAACAUGGCUCCUGUGAUUAAUGUUGUGGUUAGGAUCAUGUGCGGAUAACAUGGUUUAAUUAAAUAGUUCUUUAUUACGAUAAAAUGAAAUUUAUAACAUUUUGAUAUAUAUCUUUCGUGCAAAACAUUUUGAGGAAGUAUACACAUCGUACACAAUAUCUAUUUUAAAAUAAUUUUAAUCAAGAUACAUAUCUGAUUGUGAGUGUAUAGCUGUCAAGGACAAAUCAUUAUUGAAGAUUAAUCCAUUGGAGUAAUGGAACACACAAUUCCAUCCGAUAUCCUUGACGAUCUCAGCAGUCGAUUUAUCAUUAAUGUCCCUGAGGAGGAGAGGAAAGACUUGGUGCGAAUUUGCUUUCAAAUCGAAUUGGCACAUUGGUUUUACCUUGACUUCUACUGCACAGAGGAGAAUCCUAAACUAAGGUCAUGUAACAUGAAGGAAUUUGCCACUCAUAUAUUCCAGCACAUACCUUUUUUGAAGCCACAUCUGCAACACAUUGAUGCUGUACUCGACCAAUGGAGAGAAUACAAGCAGAAUGUGCCAACAUUUGGGGCGAUUGUGCUAAAUGAAGACAUGACCAAGGUGCUGUUAGUGCAGAGCUACUGGGCAAAGAAUAGCUGGAGUUUUCCCAAAGGAAAAGUAAAUGAGGAUGAGGAGCCUUCUCUUUGCGCCAUUCGAGAAGUGCUGGAAGAGACCGGUUUUGAUAUAUCUAAUUUGAUAGAUAAAAACGAAUAUAUUGAAUCUAUAAUAAAUGAUCAAGUAGUGAGAUUGUACAUUAUCUCGGGUGUGCAAAAGGACACGAAGUUCCAACCGAAAACGCGGAAAGAAAUAAAAAAUGUCGAAUGGUUUUCCGUAGCAGACUUGCCCAAUACUAAGAAAGAUAUGACUCCUAAAGUGAAAAUUGGCGUUGGACCAAACGCGUUUUUUAUGGUUGUACCUUUUGUCAAACGGAUGAAGCGGUGGAUUCAAGAGAAACAGCAACGUGAAAGAAAUAUUACUAUGACCGUCCGAAGACAAAGGCAUAAAUCGUUGGGAGAAGUCGAGACGGUUUCGAAGAGCAAACGACAACAGAUACCUUUCCAUCAUUUUUCUACUUGCCCACCACAAAGUGAAGUUCCAGAUUUUAAGAUUAACCGUCAAUCGAACAUCUCUCCAGCUCGCAAUCGCCGUAGUACAAGUGACAAUAAGAAAGACGCUGUAUCGAAAGCAGCCUUUAAACGGAAUCUAUUUGGAGAUCACGAAGAAACUCAAUCGCAGGGUCUCGCUAAACACUUGAUAGACAGCCCUGCUCAGUCGUGCUCAUUUCUAAUCGAUCCUGCGAUUCAAUCAGUCAAGUACAAUGCUUUCAAUUACAAAGCUCAAUCUUGGGAAGAAGUGAAAGACUGUCGCAAGAAAAGCGUACCAGCGGGAAAUAUUAAGGCGUUACUGUUUGGAGAAGCUGCGCGCAAAUUACAAAAAGAUUUUACAACCAUUUCGUCGCUUUCUUUUGUAAAUAUGGAACACGAGGAUUCAUCGCUUUUAACGAAGAAUUAUAUGGAUUAUCCUGCUGCUGAUUUUUAUUUAGAGAGUUGGAAGAAUUUUAAAUUUGAUAGACAAGAAAUACUGAAAACUCUAGACUCAUUAUGUAUAUAAGAAUUCGGAAGAAUGGAUUAAAAAGUAUCUUUUAAUCUCUAAAGAGCAGGAACUUUCUAUCUCUGCAGAUUACGAAAAAUUAUUGCACGUUUAAAACAUGUUAUUAUUUCUAAUUAUCGUUCCUAUUAUUCAAUAUUCUUCUAAUAUCGAUUUAAAUUUAAAUUUAAAUUUUUGAUCUUUUGUAUAUAUUUUUCUUACUAUAUACAUAAUGUAUGUAUGUA